AUCGCAUAGGUUUCGAUGCCGCUUAUGUCUUAUGUCCCUUGCUCACCACCAAGCAUAACGACCAUCCGUUGCACAUAGUGAUCUCCAGGUUUCGCACGAUGUCGCAUACCUCUCCGCGCCAGCUACUCCUCCUCGCGGACCACCUCAAGCUGUCCCUACUCGAGCGCCAGCGUGCCGUCUCCCUCAACAUCGAUGCCGGCAAGCAAGACGCGCAGAUUACCCGCUCACUAGAGGAUCUGCAUGACGGUCUUGAGCAGUUAGAAGCACAUGCUCGCGAUCAUGAAACGCCAGAAGAGAAUGACUCGGACCUGUCACGGCUCAGGAAACAGUAUAACGAGCUUUAUGCGCAUUUCCACGGCACAGCGCCUACUUCAUCCGAGCUGAAACGGCCAAACGACGCCAACCUUAAGCAAGACUUUGACGCCGCUAUAGCAGCUCCACAGCCACGGCGUAGCAAGAGUGUCCGUUUCCGGGACAACCCUGACGAAGAUGACCCCGAACAUCAAGCCAACAGAACGGCCCUGCUCGCUGAGGGCGAGCGAUACAGAGACGAACCGCAAGAUUCCAAUCAGUCACAGAUGGACAAUGAGCAGAUUCACGCUUAUCAUAAGCAAGUCAUUCAGGAUCAGGAUCAGCAGCUGCAGACGCUCGGUCAAAGCGUUAGCCGACAACGUAUGCUUGGUAUCCAGAUUGGCGACGAACUUGACGAGCAUAAUGUCAUGCUUGACGAUGUGGAGAGCGGCGUCGACAGGCAUCAGAGCACACUCGACAGAGCACGCCGGAGGCUGGAGAACGUAGCGCGCAAGGGCCGGCAAAACUGGAGCUGGGUCACUAUCGGGAUACUGAUAUUCAUCUUGGUCCUGCUCAUCGUAGUACUAAAGUGA